UGUGUUAUCUCCCCUAUCCAGCACUUGACUGUGAGCAGACGUCGGUGCAGCGCCCCAGUUCAUUCAGUGUUCAGUGAGAGUGGACUACAUACGUCUGCACGAGUUCGUGUAUACCAAAAGUCAAAGUGACGCAAACCAGAACAUCACGUACAGAGACAUAAAAAUGUCAUCAUGUGUUAUUAUCCUGAUGAAUAUGAAAUCUAUGAAAUCCAUUCUAACGUUUCAACCAACUCAUCUCGUUAUAUGUACGAAACAGAUGGCUUCCUAAAGCAUUAUUUAUGGUUUCUAUGUGGCAUUGGGCUGCCUGGCAAUCUACUCACUAUAUUGGUUGUACUGAGUCAUAAGCCUUACAGGCCGGCCACCUUACUUCUCGGCUGCCUGGCGAUAUUUGACAGCGCUGCCUUGAUCACCAAGCUGAUAGAGUCACAGAUUCUUUACAACAAAUUCAGGCUCGGAUGGUUGGGCUGCAAGCUGAUUUACAUUCCAAGCACUGUGACUGCUUCUAUCGCCAACUGGACUCUGGCCUUGAUCUGUGCCGAGCGCUGCAUUGCUGUCUGCUACCCACUUAAACGUCUGUAUCUCAUGACGACAAGAAGAAGCAAAUGUCUCCUGGCUGUGAUGUCCGCGGUCUUGGGCACUUACGUCAGCGUACUUUACGCCCUGUUCAUGGUGGACAGCAACGGGGAGAUUGUCUGCGUCUUUCAGAACAUCGGCAUCUACACCUUCCUCCUUGUCCAGUAUGCCUCACAUAUCAUCGCCCCGUUCAUUCUGAUCAGCUGCUUCACAGUGCUGGUCAUACGACAGCUUCACGUCAUGCGUAACAACCGACAGGAGCUACGGAGGAAGCGCUCCAUCAACGAGUCGCCCAUCCUCCGGCAGGAGAGUCAAGAGAACAAGAUGAGCCUCCUCAUGAUCGGCGCCUCCUUACUCUACUUCAUCGUGAACGCGCCAUCUUGUCUCUUCUACACCGUCAUCUGGCCGGCGACCUGCAUCCCGCGUCACGUCUGGUUCUACGUCAAGGACCUGCUCUACGUCAUCAAUGACUCAUCGCACGCCUUAAACUUUUUUGUCUACUUCGCGCUGGUCAAGGGCUUCAGAAGUGACCUGUACAAAGUGAUUUCCAAUGUCGUAAAACAAAGACGCAGGAAACUGGAUGACCUUUGACAUCCACAAGUGUCAGUAGGAUGAUCAAAAGAUUAGUCUACCUCUUCAGUGGAUGAUACAAUUCUAGUAUUCCAACAAAAUAGUUGGAUAAAGUCUACUUCAUGCUCAUUUAAUGUUAGUGGGAUUAUUGAAAGUACUUGCCAGUGUUCUCAGAAAGGUUUCUAUAAAAUGUGGAACACGUUUUCUAACAAAGUUUAUGGCCAGGCUCCAUUCGUGUGUUGUCUACAGGAUAUUCAAAUAGGAAUGAACUGUUUAGAACUAAUGGUCAAUCACUGAGUGUUCCCUUUUAUGCUUUAGUUAGAAAGUUCCUCAAAAAGAAGAAAUAUUUUAUACAUUUUGAUUUUUGCGAUAUUGUAUGUGAGAAAAGUUUUACUGGAAACACUAAUGAACUAGAACUAAUAAAUUGUUACUUACAGGAUGGAAUAGUUGUGCAUAUUUUAUUACAUUGCAAAAACAUAUCCUUUAUAUUUGUACGUUAAUGUACAACUGAAAAUCUCAGUUAUAAAAAAGGAAAUUAAAUAGUUAUUUAAACUUUAAACACAACCAAAUGUUUAUUUGGUUUAAAUUUCAAAAUGUACUUUAGCCUAUAAUGAAAUCAUUCACACUUAAAGAAAUCCCAAUCAUUAUUGUAUUCUAUAAGCCAUGUCUGAUUGGUAUACAUAAGUAGGUGUAAAAUUUACAACUAUAAAAUGUUCCAGGCUAGAAAAUGAUACUUUCUCAUAGCGACUAGCGUAUUGUUUUUUGUUUUUUUAAAUAAAUAAGCUCACAAUUAAAAGCAAAUACUGUCUAAAUGUGACUUGAGUAAUAAUGAGCUGCAAACAAUAAAAACUUUAUUUAUGAAAAUCGUUUGUGGAAAAAGAGUGGUCUAAAGUGAUGAUGAUUGUUAGUUCUUGUUUCCGCUACAUCUACUUCUUUCAACACAUUCAAUGGUUUUAGGCUUUGUUGCAUUGUUAGAUUGCAUCCAUAUUGGAAGUCAGUGUUUCUCAAGCUGUGUUCUGCCGAGCCCCAGUGUUCCUAGAAGCCUGAAUAGGUGUUCCACGAGCUACUUCAGUAAUUAACUAGCUGACCACCGCGUGCACUAACUUCUCUAGAACAAAUGUUCAACACAAAGAAUGUGCGAAGUGCCCAUUACGUAAAAAGGUUUGGGAAACAUUGUUGUGAGUUUUUAUAGGUUUGGGUUGAAACCAAAAACAAAUUAUUUGCUUAUGUAAAUUUCAAUAAUGCUAACUUUUUUUGUUAAUAUACAGAGUUUAUCGGAAAUAAACCUUUUAAAAACUAAUUAGACAUCUCUCAAAAAAAUGUAAUGUGAAAUUAACGAUGAGAUGCGUUCUUAACUGAAAUAAAAUUGUUUUAUAACGUUCGUUUGGGAUGCUGUUUUGAAGUAUGUUUGUGAAUCAAUAAUGUGUGAUGUUUUUGUAAGAUUUGUUAAUUGGUGGUUUAAAAAAGAGUUCAUUUUGUUAAGACGUGCUUUGUGUUUAGAAAACUAAAUACUUGUUAAACGUUGUACAGUAAAAUGUUUAUUUCAAACUGAUGCUAAAUCUUCAUAUUGUUAUCAAUAAACAUCAUUUUGUUAACA